AUGCAGGAUGAAGAUGGAUAUAUCACAUUAAAUUUUAAAUCCAGAACAUCAGCUGUGACUUCAGGAUUUGCAGAUGCUUCUCCUGUGUGGCGUCCAAUGGCUCUUAUACUGCUGUUCCUGUGCAUAGGGAUGGCAGCUGGUCUGGUGACUCUAGGAAUAAUGUUCUUCAUACAACAAGAUUAUCUUCAAAUCCAGAAUGGAAAUCUCUCAGAGAUUCUCCAGAAAGUGGCAAAAAACUUCUGUCAAGAGCUUAUUCAAAAGCCUCUGGGUAAAGGUACCUUUGCUCUGGAUUCUACCAUAGGUCAUGAAUGUAACCCCUGUGAAAUCAACUGGAGAUAUCAUGGAGACAGCUGCUAUGGUUUCUUCAGACACAACCUGACAUGGGCAGAAAGUAAACAAUAUUGUGCUGAAAAGAAUGCCACUCUUCUGAAUAUACGCACCCGGAUUGCUUUGGAUUUCCUCAAAGGAAGAACUUCUUUUAUUCGAUGGAUUGGACUAUCCCGUAGAAGCUCUGAUGGGAUCUGGAUUUGGGAAGAUGGUUCACCUCUCUCUCAGAGUGUGUUUGAGCUUUUAGGAAAUAAAGAAGGUCAGCAUUGUGCCUACUUUCAUAAGGGAAAAAUUUAUACUUCACUCUGUGAAGACACACAUUACUUAAUGUGUGAGCAGAAGGCCAAGACAGUAAGGAUAGACCAACUGAUUUAA